AUGGGCUGCGGCGCGUCAGUGCAGGCGGGAGCCUUGCCAUUGGAGCCAGCGCACGUGCUGCCGCUUGGGCUUCCUCUCGAGGCGUGGAAGCUCGACGACGUUGUUGCGUGGAUAUCCAGCUACGAGUUCUCGCCCAAGGUCGCCGCCAGGGUCACCGACGGCGUUCGCGAGAACGCGGUCAGCGGCGUCGUGAUCCGCUCCUUCUACGACGAGGGGCGCGUCGACAGCCUCCUGGACGCCAUCAACGCCAGCGGGGAGAUCGAGCGCACGGCGCUCCGCCGCGGCAUCCGCGAGCAAGUGCGCGACGAGGCCAUGCGGCGCCUCCCCGACGUCAUGAAGCUCCUCAAGGGCGAGCUCGGCCCCGUGGACGUGCUGCCGACGGCACAGCUGCCCUCCGCCGCGAGCGUCGAGGCUCUGCUGCAGCCGAAGCGGUCGGGCGCGGGCGCGGAGCCCGGGCCGGACGCGGACGGAGAGGCGGACCUGCUGGCCGACCUGCUCGCGAACGGCAACACAGCGGCAAUCCAAGUCGCGCUCCCGGACCACGUCGGCGGCGCGCUCGAGGAGAAGGCGGACGGCGGGGUGAUGGAGGUGGACGGCGUGCUGGACGCGUACGUCGAGCCGGCGCAGGAGGCGAUCGAGGUGGUCGCGGGGGUCGCGGCGGGGUUCCUGGAGGAGGCGGGCCUGACGUCAGACACCCCGACGACGCUCGACGCCGUCCUGGACACCGUGGAGCCCCUCGUGGCGUCCUUCCUCGGCGUCUCGGAGUCCCUGCCGUACGUCCGGCCCGCGGCGGUGCUCAUCAAGGAGCUGUACCAGGCCCUGCGGCUCGUCAACGCGUCGAAGCAGGCGUGCGUGGCGUUCACGAGCGUUGUGCGGCAGUGCGUGGAGGUCCUGAUCGACGCCAAGGACGCCCUCGACCCGGACCGCCACGGCGAGGUCCUGCGCAGCCUCGAGGAGACGCUGCGGGACUCGAUCGACUUCAUCAAGCAGUUCGGCGAGUCGGGGUGGUUCUCGAAGCUGUACUUCGGACGCCGGAACAUCGGCCAGUUCGAGGAGCUCAGUGCGCGGCUGCUGGACGGCGUGUCGCUCCUGAGCGCGGCGGUGUCCGCCGCCGGCGCCAAGGUGUCGAUCGAGGCCAACAACAAGCUGGACCUGCUCCUCCAGCAGGUGCACAGCGGGGCGGUCUUCGGCGACGACGGCGCGGUGCUGCGCAGGGAGGUUGAGCGCCGGGGGGGUCUCGAGGCCGUGAUGGGGGACUCGGAGAAGCUCACCGAGGUCACGGCGAGCCUGGGCCUCGAUCAGCAGGUCGUGGUCGGGCUCGUGAAGCAGCUCGCCGCGGGGGGCGUGCACGAGCUCAUCCGCCACACCGAGAUGCGGCUCUUGUGGGGGAAGUACUUCAAGGGGCUGGAGCGCGUGUCGACGGCGUCGUUCGCGGAGGCGCUCAAGCUGUGGGCCGAGGAGGUCCUGGACGACGCGGGGCUCGUGGCGCGCAUGUCGGACCCGGCGACCGUGCGUCGGCUGUUCAAGGACGUCGACCUGGACCUCUCCGGGGAGGUGACGGUGGUCGAGGUCAACCGGGCGUUUCCGAGCGACACGCCCCUGCCGGCCAUCCUCGCGCAGCUGCUCUCCACGGUCGCGACGAUCCCGAGCAACCUCGCCGCGCUGCCGCUCGGAUACGUCCACCGCAGCUGCGUCGACCAGAUCUGCAGCGCCAUCAGCGAGGGCGCCCAGGUCACGCUGGUCCACGGCGGCAACGGCACCGGCAAGUCCGUGGCGGCGCUGGCGGCGGCGCAGCGCGCACUGCGCUCGCGCUCCCACCUGGCCGGAACCUACGUCUGCGGCCUCAAGGGCGUCGUCGAUCUGGCGGGGCUCGUGUCCGUCAUCGCCGGCUCGCUCGGCCUGCCCUCCACCAGCAGCCCGGUGGACCUAGCGGUCGCGGCGGACCAGCGGACGGACAACCUGGGCGGCAAGGCGCUGCUCGUGCUCGACAACGCGGACGCGCUGCUGGAUCCUGGCCACGCGUCGGGGACCGAGCGCGCCGCCCCCGCUACCGAGCAGGAGGCCAGGGCGGGCGGCGAGGCGCUGCGGUCCGCGCUGAGGAAGCUGGACGCGAUCUCGGAGGGGCGCGUGCAGGUCGUGCUGACGUGCCGCGACCCCGCGCUGCUCGGGGAGGGGCUGCGGCCGGGGAAGGAGGUCGAGGUGGGGGAGUUGUCCGAGGUAGAAGUGGAGGGGUUCCUGGCCGGGCUCAGCGCGCAGCAGGCGCGCGUGGCGCGCAAGAUGCUCGCGGACUUCGGCCGCCUGCCCGGCACGAUGCGGCAGAUAUCCUCGCUCGUCCGCGGGGCCGCGCCCGCGGCGCUGGCGGGCAUGGUCAAGAGCGUCAGCACCGCGGGGCGGCGGAGCGUGCGGCGGGCGCGCGCGGACUCGUCCGCGUCGGCGGAGGAGGCGCUCGCGAUGACGCUGCCGGAGAACGACCGCGCGGCGCUCGCGUGUCUAUGUGUCUUCCCCGCGUCGUUCGACAUGCCGGCGGCGACGGCCGUGGCGCGGGCGGACGGGACGUGCUUGAAGCGGCUCUGCGCGGCCGGGUUCGUCGAGGAGCAUGCGGGGCGCUUCGAGGUGCCCGACUCGGUCCGGUUCGCGCUAGCUCCCCGGGGAGCUGUCGAGGCAGAGGUGCGCGGGCGGCUGCUCGAGCACGCGACGGCGGUGCUCCGGCGGUGUACGGAGUGGUACGGCUCGUCGCUGGCGAUCUCCGGGCUCGCGCUGUUCGACCGCGAGCGGCUCAUGCUGCAGGCCGCGAUCACCGCCGCGCCCAGCGACGCGCGGGCCGCGGAGGCGGCAACGCUGAUGUCGCAGCUGCUCGAGGCCAAGGGCGAGCACGAGGCCGCGCGGACGCUCCUCGAGCCCGCGAUCAACGAAGGCAGGGUUGCGCAGAGCGACCAGGAGAAGGCCCUGGCGCUGCACCAGCUCGGGCGCGUGCUGCUGUUGGGUGGGCGGCGCGAGGAGGCGCGGCCGAAGCUCGAGGAGGCGCUGGCGCUCCUCGGCGGGGACGGUGCGCGCGGGCCCGAGGCGGCGGCGGUGCGGAACUCGCUCGGGCGGCUCUUCCACGAGGCUGGGGACCAGGCAGCAGCCAAGGCGUGUCUGACGGCGGCGCUGGAGGGCCUGCCGGGCGAGGAGGCGCGGGCGUCGGCGGCGAUGGCGCAGCACAACCUUGCGAACGUGCUGACCGCGCUCGGGGAGCGCGAGCGCGCGAUGGAGCUCCACGAGGCGGCGCUGGCAACGCGGGAAGCCACGCUGGGCGCCGACCAUCCGCUGGUGGCUGCGAGCCUCGUUGCGGCGGCGCGGGCGGUCGUGGAGGGCGGGGGCGCGACGUCCGAGGCGCUGGACGAGGCGCUCGGGCGGGCGGAGAGGGCGGUGGGUAUAAUGGAGCCCCUGACGUCAAGGGAGGACUUGGGGGUGCGACCGCAGUGGGGGAGGUGCUUGGAGGCGCGCGGGGAGGUGCGGGAGGCGCGCAGGGAGUGGGAGCGCGCGGCGGCGGACUUCGCCGCGGCAGCGCGCGUGGCUGAGGCGGCAUACGGCGCAGCGGACGCCGAGGCGCUGCGGCUGAGGGCGCGCGGGGAGGAGUGCGGGAAGAAGGCGGCCGGGUGA